CACACAACAGACUGGACAUGGCCUACACUACAUCGAUCUUUGGAUCGAUUUAGUGUGCAUCAACCAGCAAGACGUCACGGAGCGAGCGUCACAGGUUAGUAUGAUGGGCCAGAUCUAUGCCUCGGCCAGCCGAGUCAUUGUCUGGCUUGGACAAUCCCAUCCAGUGGCAGAUAGUGCCUUCACAUAUAUGACUGCCUUGGCGGAAGCACGCAGGAACGCCCAGGCUCCGCCAGACGAGAGGACCAUCAAGCAGGGCCUCCGCGACGUGCUCGCGAUCCUGGCAAGCCCGUGGUUCCACCGCACGUGGGUGAUCCAAGAGGCAGCGCUCGGUCGCCGGGUGAGCUUCAGCUAUGGAAACCACGAAAUUGAUCUCGAUAUAUUUGAGAAGUUCGUGUGGGCGAUAUGGACCGUCGUUCCUUUUUGGGACAUAUACGACGACGAAAAAGAUCCGCCGGUGCUUGGCUUGUACAGCGUCACGCGCACACUGCAGAUUCGUCGACGCUACCACCAGGACGGCGCGGUGGCUCUUGAAGUGCUGCUGGAGGCAGCGUUCUUCGUUGGCGUUACGGAUCGACGGGAUUCUGUUUUCGCAUUCAUGGGCAUCUGCGACGGAGAAACUCGAGCUUUGAUGCCAAAGCCGGAUUACAGAAUUGUUGUCGAUGGUCACGAUCCCGAAUACCAAGACUCGGUCGACGCGGUUUUCAUGGACUUGUCCACAUCACUGCUCUGUUCCGGCAGGUCUCUAGAUAUCCUGGCGCUAGCUGGCAUCUGCCGGCCAAGGCCAGCUGGAUUUCCAUCAUGGGCUAUCUAUGUUCGUUACAGAGACGACGUGAACGCACCAUUUGCUUGCUGCGAGCCGGCCGGCUGGGAUGCUGGUGGGCACCUCCAAUGCAAGCCUACGCUGGGGCCAUCUAAAAGACUACAGGUAACCGGGCGAGUUCUUGAUGAAGUUCAUCAUCUUUCCGAACCAUUUGAUGUCUUUGAGGAUCUCAGCAAGCAUAAGCAGCGCCUCCAUACAGUUCUCAAUUCAUGGCAGAGAACAAGAUGCUCGUCCAGAGAUGACCACCAAAAUCAGCUCGCCCUGGACCUUGUCCUUGGGCUGGAUAUUCAGGACGGGAUCGCAGGACCAGAGGUUGUGACUCAGUUUAAAGAGUAUCUGACAUGGCUAGAGCGACAGACGAAUUCUAUCGAUUCGAAGGUGGAUGACGGCAGCGGCGUGGGAACGUCUCAUGACGACGCCACAAAUCAGUACCACCAACACUUUUUAACGCAGACAGGUGGCUGGCUGGUUUUCUUUACUAAAGGUGGCCACCUUGGUAUUGGCACGAGUGUAAUCGAGAAAGGCGACGUGGUGGCGAUCAUACCGGGUUGCCGGCUGCCUCUUGUACUGAGGAAAACUCCAGAGACGGGCGAGAGUACUGUUCUGAAUAUGGGAAACGCGGGAGGUUCUUAUCCUGGGACUUGGGUAGUGGUAGGGUGGUGCUACUUGAGAGACAUGAUGAGAGCCAAGGGGGAUCUUGGCACGGACAUAAAGGAUGUCGUUUUCAUUUUGGAAUGACCUCUUGCCAUUGAAGGUGGCCAUCCUGGAGACACGCCACAUCAUUGGCAACAGGAGCUGAGGAAAUCUGAUUGCUCUGAAGAUUAACAGCAGUUCUGAC